UUCCAUAAUCGAUGUGCCCUCUGCUCUGCUCUGUGUACGAGCUUCACCGCUCACCAUGAUAGUCACUUCAAACACCGUAAACCCUCCAAAACACACAACACCAAGACCUCCUCAUCUUCGGAGAAACCAAACCGUCGCCGGCAACAACCGCCACCAAAUUGCCCUCCGCGAACGUCUUCAGAAGAAGAAUGCAAUUGAAAUGACUGGACCCGCGAAAAAGAUGACGAAGAGAAAAUCUCGUUCCAACGAUCGUGAUGAAAACAAGAAGAAGAAAACAGGCACUGUGAUAGAGACGGAAGAAGAAGCUUCUGGCGUCGUCGUGAAGCCAGAGAAACAGAACGGAGGCAAGAACAGACACGUGAUCAAGGCGGAAGAAAACAACAGCAACGGCGUCGUAAAUUUCAACAACCGUUGCUUAUGCGGUAUAUGCUUCGAUUACAAGAAAGAUUCUGAAAUGUUCAGAGGGAGCAAGUGCGAACACCCCUUUUGCUCUGAUUGCAUUUCUAAGCAUGUCGCUGCUCAAAUUCAGCAAAAUAAUCUCAAGGUGAAUUGUCCAAACCCUAAUUGCGACGUCGAAUUGGGGCCGGAACAUUUGAACCUGAUUUUGCCUAAAGAAGUUGUUUUUAGAUGGGAAUCAUUGAGGUGUGAGUCUUUGAUUGCUGGGUUGCAAAAGAGUUAUUGCCCCUUUAAGAAUUGCUCAGUUUUGAUGGUGGAUGAUGGGGGUGAAAUUGUGACCAAUGCUGAGUGCCCUUCUUGCCACAGGCUGUUCUGUGCACAAUGUAUGGUUCCUUGGCAUGCAGGGAUGAAUUGUGAGGAAUUUCAGAAGUCUGGAAGGGUAAAAGGUGAAGAAGAUUUAGAGAAGAAGUUUCUGAAGUUGGCUAAAAGAAAAAAGUGGCAGAGGUGUCCCAAAUGCAGCUUCUAUGUCCAAAGAAGAAGUGGAUGUGAACACAUGAAAUGCAGGUGUGGAUGCAACUUCUGUUACGAAUGUGGCAAGGAUUGGAAGCAUGGACAUAUAUGUGAUAAACAUAAUUCCACAUAAGAUUUCACAGGUGGCAGAAUAGUUGGAAGUUCGUGUGGCGACAUUCAGAAGGUCUAUUAUUCGUUUUUUGGUUAACAGAAGGUGUAUUUAGUCACAAUGAAACUAUUUUUUCUUUUUGUACAGUUUUUAGCUGUAUGACAAUGAAUGGGCUUAAAUGUCUAUCAGACUUUGGAACCGUUUUUGGUGCAAAUGAUAUCUUUGGUGCAAAUGAUAUCAGCAAAAUAUAAAUGCAAACAAAAUUUUGUUUGAUGUUUUGGGAGUGUCGUUCUCCUUGCUCUACCCGCAUGUAAUUUUCAUUUUCAG